AUGAACGAUAAACUACCUAUUAACAUCACAAUAUGUGGCGCGCCGGAUUCUGGGAAAACAGCGAUGAUUCGCCGACUUCUCGACGACGAGUUUAGUGAGGAGAAGGGUGAGAGUUAUCAAGACGCAAAAAAAAUAGAUGUGACUGUCGAAGGCUUUCCGAUCACCGCGGCCAUCUCCGAACGUGGGAAUGACACGUUUAUGAAAAGUAUGAGUACCGACCCCGCCGCCCGUGGUGAUGUUUUGAUGUAUUUAUACAACGCGACCGACAGAGAGUCAUAUGAAAACACCAUGAAUGUAUAUCAAUAUUUCAGUCGAAUGAAUGACUCUGCCAUCAUCUAUUUGGUUGCGAGUUUUACUGAUGUUGGUAAACGUGCGGUGACGAUGAGUGAAGGUAAAAAUGUGGUAGUAAGUCAAGGUGGAUUCUAUGCGGAGGUCUCUUCCAAAACUGGCGAUGGCAUUCGUGAGUUGUUUGAAAUUGCAAUCCACAACUUUCUGACUUCGGAAAUCAGAGUCGACAAAUACAAAACAACACAUAAAAUUAAACCAAAAAAGACUAAGAAAGAUGGUAAGAAGUCCCCACGAGAAAAAGAUUGUUACAUUGUGUAA